AUGAAGCCCUGGUCCCCCGGGGAGGACGCCGUUCUGUUGCAACAUGCGCUGCAGUGCGGCACGAAGCAGUGGGGAGAGCUGGAGAGGAGCGGUCAGCUCAAGAGGAACAACAAGUCGUGCUGUAACCGUUACAUCUUCCUCAGAAGAAAGUUUGUUCAACGAUUUCAACAGAACCUCCUGAGAAGGCACCUGGGAGGCGUCGCGCGCACUCUACGCGUUGAUAUGGACGGCCACAGUCACUGUCAAGAGCAGCAGCAGCAGCAGCGGUGGCAGCACGGCGAGGGUUCACCUGAGUCGCAAUCGUCAGCUCAUUCUUUCGGCGGGCUGUCGUAUGAAGAAUGCAGGAGCGUGUUCCUCUCACCCAAUGCCUGUUCAACUCGCCCAACCGACCCUCAUCUGCCAUCUCUCUGGAUCCCUCCUACCGCCUCCCACACUGCCGUCCUCACUGCCGCUGCCGCUGCUCUCCCCAAUACCGCUGCAGUGACCAACGCAGCGACAUACGCCAGUUCAGCUGCGCUCAGCCUGCCCAUGAAGAGAGCACGCGAGGAGUGCAGCGCUCUCACGACCCACCAGCCCCUCCUGUGGAAUGCAUCCUGGGAUGCGCUUGGGCUGCCUCGUCGCGUGGCGCGACGGCCUCUAACCCUGGAGGAGCUUCUUCACCUGCGUGGUGAGAGGUGCCGGCAGCAGCAAGCCCUGUGGCCGGCCGUGGGGUCGCAGAGAGCCUGGUUUGCCCAUUUGCUGUCGGAGGAGCGUCGCCAGCAGCAAGGGGAGACGAGUGCAGUUCAGCGGGCGUUGUGGCCGCGCGUUGAGUCGGAGAGUGCCCUUCCAGACGACGUGCUGCUGGGGUGCAGCAGCGACGAACCUGCCUUCAUCCAGCGCUCCUCUCUUUCGGCUCCUCCGCCCUCCCAGCCACGUGCAGUGCUGCCAUCGCCAAUCCCCCCCCAGCUCGCUGCUCUGCCUGGCUCCGCUCCCUGCACUGGGGAUUUCGACCCCUGUUAUGGGGAGUUGGCUCCGUGCUUUGGAAAUGCGCCCUCUGCUGCCGUGCGUGCUGCUGUGCAGCAGCAGACCCAGUCCGUUGACUCGUGCAGCCACGUGCACGUGGAUGGCAACAGCGACUUGCACGCGCAUGACAACAGCUACGAGCACAACAGCAGGAGCGACGUGCACGCGCACGACAGCAGCAACCACGACGUCCCAGUGCAUGACAACAGCAAUGUGCUUUACGGCAGGAGCGAAAGCCUCUUUCUCGACGUGCCCGUCUCCCACCUGUGCCUCGCUGAGCCUGCCCCCAAGGUACCUCCGACAGAUGAGAGCCCGGCACCCCCAGGAGGUAGGGUGGCUCUUCCAGAGUGGGCGGUGGAGCAGGGACGGAGCAACGAGGGAGGCUUUGCCAAUAGCAGCCCUCAGCAUUCACAUGACACACUCUCACACCCAAGGGCCCCACACAUACCGGCUCCCAUGCCUCCUCCUGCCCUGCCGCACGCACAGCCUCAUGUGUUUGACUCGCCGACGCCAACCCCCGUGAAGCCAGCGAUUGGUCCCUGUUUCAAUGUGGGUGAUGCCCUGGGAGGUGAUUCUGCUUCCUGGGAGAGCUCCUUCCCUCCCGGCCUCAACUCAAAUGUGCCUUCCGCGACUAGUCUGCUUGGUUGUCAUCCUUCCGUUACCCUCCCCCGUUCCCUCGCCUCUCCCCUCCUCCCCGCGUAUCUUGCCCCCCCGUUCCCGGCCUUUCUCCCGCUCCCUUUCCGCCUACUCCUCCCCACUCCGCGAUGCCCGCAGGCCGGAGCACGGCAGCACGGCGGCGGGGGUGCGCACGGCGCAGCUGCUGCGCGUGCUGGAGGGGGAUACCGGCGGAGGUGGGGGCAGCGGGGACGAGCGGCGCGCGAAUCGACUUUAUUUCAUGAGGUGACACGAGCGGAGCGGGUGGGAUGGGACGAGGCGGGUGGGAUGGGAGGAAGCGGGUGGGAUGGGACGAGGCGGGUGGGAUGGGAGGAAGCGGGUGGGAUGGGACGAGGCGGGUGGGAUGGGAGGAAGCGGGUGGGAUGGGACGAGGCGGGUGGGAUGGGACGAGGCGGGUGGGAUGGGACGAGGCGGGUGGGAUGGGAGGAAGCGGGUGGGAUGGGAGGAAGCGGCCCGGCGCGGAGAAACGUGUAUUCGCAGGAGUUGGAGGCAGCAGGCAUUGCCAUGUACCAGUGUGCGCCCAACAGGGCAGAGGAGUUCCACGAGGUGCUGGACGCCGUGCAGCCCACCAUUGCGGUCUUUGACAGGUUCACGAGCGAGGAGGCGUUCUCGUUCCGCGUGAGGCAGCGCUGCCCCGCCUGCCUGCUCGUGCUCGACACACAGGACCUGCACUUCCUCCGAGCGGGGCGGCAGCAGGUGGUAUCUGAGGGGGGCUCCAUCAGGGACGCGCUACACCACGUACCCGAUACAAGCAGCAGGGAGCUGCUGCGCGAGCUUGCAUCCAUGCACCGCUGCGACCUCACUCUGCUGUGUUCACAGGCGGAGCUCGCUCUCCUCACGCGCUGCUACGCCUUCCCCCCCCACAAGCUCGCCCUCACCUCCUUCUUCUAUGAUUCACCCGAGGCACUGCCAGAUUCCACCUCCCCCUCCGUCGCCCCCGCACUGCCCCCCUGGGAGCAGCGGCAGCACUGUGUGAUGCUGGGCACGUUCCGCCACGCACCCAACGUGGACGCUGUCUGCUGGCUCGCCUCCCACAUCUGGCCUCUUAUCCGCGCCCAGCUACCAAUGGCAGAGUGCCAUGUGUACGGCUCCUACGUCACAGCAGCCAUCUCGUCCCUGCACAGUCCGUCAUCUGGCUUCAUCAUUCGCGGCCAUGCCCCCUCCCUUGACAUGCUCGCCUCCUACCGAGUGCUGCUGGCACCGCUGCGCUACGGGGCGGGCAUAAAGGGCAAGGUCCUCGACAGCUGGCGCCACGGCACGCCAGUGGUCACCACCCCCAUCGGCGCCGAGGGCAUGGGGGGCAGGGGGGGAGGGUGGGGGGAGGCAGAGCCAGGGGAGGGGAAAAGGGAGCACGGGGAAGCGGUGACAGAAGGCGAGGAAGAGGAGGGCGGAGGGCAGCAGUGGGAGGGGGGGCAGCAAUGGGGGGGGCUGUGCGAGGCAGGGGAUGCAGAGGCGUUUGCAGCGGACGCGGUGCGGCUGUACAGCGAUCCUCAGCUGUGGUCCUCUUGUCAAUCCACGGUGCGCUGCCUCCCCUCCACUGCCUCCCCCCCACUGCCUCCCCUCCACUGCCUCCCCUCCACUGCCUCCCCUCCACUGCCUCCCCUCCACUGCCUCCCCUCCACUGCCUCCCCUCCACUGCCUCCCCUCCACUGCCUCCCCCCCACUGCCUCCCCUCCACUGCCUCCCCUCCACUGCCUCCCCUCCACUGCCUCCCCUCCACUGCCUCCCCUCCACUGCCUCCCCUCCACUGCCUCCCCUCCACUGCCUCCCCUCCACUGCCUCCCUUGUGCUCCCCUCUUGCUGCGCCUGCCACUCUUCCCUCGCGUUAUUACCCCACCAGGCUGCGUAGGCCCCCAUCUAUCCCGCCCGCUCCCUGCCCACCUCCCACCUGUCCGCCCGUGUGGUUUCUGUACCCACUCUGACCUCCCAAAUGUGCUGAUGUGA